UUGCCCUUGGCGAUUUCUCCCAGUCUAGUUUAAGAUCACAGAUUGCAGAUCCCAGACAGCUGGUAUCAACUUACCCGUGUUGUGUUAAGGCUAAACCUAAGACUCUAAAACUCUGCAGCCUUAGGAUUGGACUUACCUUCCUGUUCCUGGGAAGAAUUAGGAUAUGAACUAAAGGUCACUAUUCUUCUGAGAAAAGAGACACUAUAGUAGGAGGAGAAAUUAGUACAUGGCAGGCGUUCAAAGUGAUAAGAGGCCAACCAGAAGCUACAGAGCAUAAACCUUCAGGGCUACCAUAGAGGAUGAAGUGACCAGCACUCCGACGCUUCUGUCCAGCUUUUAACCAUCUAACUGUUCCAACUGUCUGUUAGAAGUUCUAAUAGUUAGAACCUCUUCAUUGUCUUUCAGCUGCUCCUGCCCUCUUCAAGAUCACCCUAGAAUCAGAUCUGCGCCCCGGCAUCUUCUGUUUCCUGGUGAGUGCUUCCUGCUAAUUUGGAUUGGCCAUGACAGGCUGGAGCUGCCUUGUGACGGGAGCAGGAGGGUUUCUGGGUCAGAGGAUCGUCCGCCUGUUGGUGGAGGAGAAGGAGCUAAAGGAGAUCAGGGCCUUGGACAAGGCCUUCAGACCGGAAUUGAGGGACGAAUUUUCUGAGCUCCAGAACAAGACCAAGCUGACGAUGCUGGAAGGAGACAUUCUGGAUGAGUCAUGCCUGAAGAGAGCCUGCCAGGACAUCACGGUCGUCAUCCACACGGCCUCUAUCAUUGAUGUCGUUGGCGCCAUUCCCAGAGACUCUAUCAUGAAUGUCAACGUGAAAGGUACCCAGCUCCUGUUGGAGGCCUGUGUCCACGCUAGUGUGCCAGUCUUCAUCUACACCAGCAGCGUAGAGGUGGCUAUGCCCAGCUCCUACAAGGAAUUCAUCCAGAAUGGCCACGAAGAUCAGCCUCUGGAAAACACGUGGUCUGCUCCCUAUCCAUACAGCAAACAGCUUGCUGAGAAGGCUGUGCUGGUGGCUGAUGGGUGGACUCUGAAAAACGGUGGCACCUUGUACACUUGUGCCUUAAGACCCAUGUAUAUCUAUGGGGAAGGAAGCCGAUUCCUUUCUGCCACUAUAAAUGAGGCCCUGAACAACAGUGGAAUCCUGCCAAGUAUCGGCAAGUUCUCCACAGUCAACCCAGUGUAUGUUGGCAAUGUGGCCUGGGCACACAUUCUGGCCUUGAGGGCCCUGCGGGACCCCAAGAAGGCCCCAAGCGUCCGAGGACAGUUCUAUUACAUCUCAGACGACACGCCUCACCAAAGCUAUGAUGGCCUUGAUUACAGCCUGAGCAAAGAGUUCGGCCUCCGUCUUGAUUCCAGUUGGAGCCUGCCUUUAUUCCUGAUGUACUGGAUUGGCUUCCUGCUGGAAGUGGUGAGCUUCCUGCUCAGCCCAAUUUACACCUAUCGACCCCCCUUCAACCGCCACACAGUGAUCUUGUCAAAUGGCAGGUACACCUUCUCUUACAAGAAGGCUCAGCGAGAUCUGGCGUAUAAGCCGCUCUACAGCUGGGAGGAAGCCAGGCAGAAAACCGCGGAGUGGGUUGGUUCCCUUGUGGACCGGCACAAGGAGAUGCUGAAGUCCAAGACUCAGUGAUUUAAGGAUGAUGGAGAUGCCCACGUGGGUAUUGUUGGGAGACGUCGUGAAGCUCCACCCUCCUGGCUUCAGACAGAAGGUGACAAGAGCACACGCCCAGGUCCUGCUGCUCCUUUCACACAAUGGCCAAAUUGUCUUCCUCCAAUCAUCAAAACCUGCACAGUCACUGGCCCAACCAGAAGCUUUCUGUCCUAAUCGUAUACCAGAGGACAGAAAGCUUUCUGUCCAAAUCUCAGUGGCUGAUUCUGAACAACUGUGGUCUCUUUUAACUUGAGGGUCUCUUUUUACUACUAGAGCUCUAUUUCUCCUCUUAAAUGAGAAAGCAUUUCUUUUCUUUUAAAUCUCCCGUUUCUUUACACAGUU